AUGUCGUCGUGCCCAAAUGUUCCCUACAAUCCAUAUCGAUAUGGAGCAGCCGACAGUGAGCAGGACCUUGCGCAGUUCUCCACGAGCCGACAGCCUCCCUUGCCCACGCAGGGCUUUGGAGACGCUCCUUACGACUGUAAAACGCAGCAAAGUUCCGCCGGAGCGUCUGGCUUGAACGAUCAUCAAUUCGGAAACUACAGGAGUCCGUACUCUGGCAACAACGAUGUUUACGCCCACCAGCAAGGCUUUUCAUCUCAUCAUCAGUCGGGCGAUCUGCCGUCGAUCACCACAAGUCCCGUCGCCGCACGGUCUCAAGCCUCGUACUCGCAGGACAAUUCGGGUUUGAACAGUUUGAUUUACGUGUCUGCGUUGGAGUCGGCAGUUCGCAAAAACCAGAUGGCCCAGUCAAGGACUCCGAAGUCCGCUGAGAAUCAUGCUCGCAAAGACUCUUUCCAAUCUCAAGCUAGGACGUCUCAGCCUUCUAAUGCGGCGCGAUCAUCGUCUUCGUUCGGUGGCUCUCAGCAGACCCAGAUGCCUGGUCGAUCGCCUCCAGUCAUGGCUUCUUCUUCGGUUCCUCCAUCAUACCAGAAUUAUUACUCCAAUUAUAGGAGCCCUUAUCCGAAUUUGGCAUCCUCAAACUCUGGCCAAUCCGUGAUCUCCAACGACUCUGCGGCGAAUGGCGUCUCUACUUAUAAUAGGGUCAGCAGUCGUGGGUCUGAAGGCUCAAAUCACCAGCCUAGCUGCUCAUCUCCCCUCACGUCGACUAUUCCGACAGCUAGUCGUACCUCAAGCCACAAUAACCAGGUAUCCUCUAAUAACUCGCGCGAUUUCGCGGCUUACUCAAACCCCGAUCAGUUUAACAGACAAGCCAUUUCCAGCUCUACUUCCGCAUUUACGCAGUCGAUUCCGGUUUCGAGCGGUUCAAUGCGGAAUCCGCAGCUACAGAGUCCUCCACAACCCUCGAUGGCACACAAAUUCCCGAAUGGGUCUCCUAGUAGCAGAAUAGAUAUGGCAUUCUUGACUGAAGCCAACGAGCCUCCAGAACAGAUCUCACCUCCUCGUGUUCAAUAUAUUAACCCGAAUGAGUUGUAUCUUCAACAGUACCGUCAAGAACAGGAGCAUUUGAGAGCUGCGGAAAUGGAGGCAGGGGCAAGAAGGGAACAGGACAAGUCCAACCGGGUUCCAUCUGCGCAACCCCAGUCUUCUAAUCAGCAACCUUCUACAAGUGACAAGCCGACGACGUCUUCUACCAAAGAGGCAAGCCAGCCUGCAUCAUCGUCCUCAGCUCAACAGUCGGAGCAGGAACUGGAGGAAGACAUGGCUACUGAGAUGAAAGCUAUGCUCGAGAAGCUGCGAAAGUGGCGAUCUAAAGACCCUGCCUUAUUCACGAAGCUCUGGGAGGACCUAAAAAAGGGCCAGACAAGCGGUCAAACAGCACCUGCGUCGAAAGCUCCUGCCCAAGGAGAGCAGCAGUCGGCUAAGACUAGUCCUGCUCCGGCGGCAGCAGCUCCAGCAACGGCCCCGGCUUCAACAAUGGCUACAGCUUCAACAAUGGCUCCAAGUUCAGCACCGGCUCCAGUUUCAGCUCCAGCUCCAGCUUCAGCGUCGGCUCCAGCACCAGUUGCGGCUCCUGCACAUCAGAAAGCACAAAAAGGUCAAGGCCACUUAAUCGAUGGCUUACCAGACUUGGGGAGAUUUCCAGCUCAACGGAGGAGAAGGACAUCAAAGAUUACGGAUAACGCGCAUCAAACCCAUGGCGGAAACCAAACCCUUGUGAAUGGGACGAGUGGCCAGCCACUAGCCCAGCCUUCUACCCAAGUGCAGCAGCAACCAACCAAGACUAGUGCUGUUCCCAAUGCUACCCCAACUGCAUCACAAACAGUCACAAGUCGUCCUUCCACGCAAGCAGUUACGGGUCCGGGGCAGAUGGCCCAGCAGCCUUCACCAGAUCCUGCCAACAGAAUUGACGGCUUACCAGAUCUGAGCAAAAGACCUGAUAUCUCUAAAGCAGGAAAGGUGCCUCAAGGUUCAGCUGUGGAGACCUCUGGAUCGGUUCUGUCUCCAGUCUCGAUGGCUCCGACAACUGCGAACGCGAUGCAGGUGGGCCAGACUCCUAAUGUCUCACGGCCGCCUCUUCCCGACCAGAAGGCCUCAGUCCCGCCUCCUCCACGACCAACUCCCCAAGGACAACCAGCGCCAAACCGGACGGCUGAUACGGCAUGGCCGGUCGUGACCCAGCGAAGACUGGCUCAGGCUAUCGUGGAUUACUUAGCUACUGAGCCUGCAAACAAAAAUAAAAUAGGCUCAAUAGAGGCCAUCUUGUCGCUCUUGCGCAACAAUCCCACAUAUCCUGAACUAUGCGAGAAGCUAGAAUCUCUUGGUUUUGCGCUGCAUAGACAGAACAUGGCUCGAUACUUGAUCAAGGCUGUCCCGGAUCUGAAUGCCAAUAAUUCGCCGCAGCCGCCAUCGCAGCCGCCAGCGCAGCCACCAGCGCAGGAGCAGAAAAGACCAGAGUCGAACGUCGAGGCGACUUCACGAUCCCCACAACCUCCUCCACCGCAAGCUCUUGAAGCUUCUCAGGUUCUUCCGCCGCGUCCUAUACCUCAAACCCAACCGAUGCAGCCACCAAAGCCUCCUGCUCCUCAUAUGAUCAUGUGGAACUCGAAGAAGUCAUCUUCCGCACCGAUUCCCAAAGUAUCAACUACUCCACGUGCCGGACCCAGCUCCGACACUUCAUCCAGCGGGCCCGGGUCUUCGGCUCAGGCUGUGUCACAUCCAUCCAAGCCGGCUCCAUCAAGAUCUAGCCUUUCGACGCCCCCUGCUUCGUCACCAGCUCCGAGCUCGAAGGCUGCAGCCGCAAGAAAACGUCUUUUCUCUGAGAUUGUCGAUCUCUCGCAAUUGAGUGACGAUGAGGACACUGAACCACCUAAACAGCCUCGACUCGAAGAGGUGCCACUCAAGGAUCCAUUAGCGCCAGUAGAAGAACCGUCAGGCCAAGCUCCCGGUGAACUGAAUCAGCCCCAGCCCAGAGACGUCCCAGUAGAGGUUAUACCACCUCAGCCUGGCACCGAAACGAAUCAGCCUACGCCAGGUGCUGCAGAAGGUCCUCGGCCUGAUUUUAGCCAUUUUGCCCUUGAGUCGUCGCAGGAGCCUACGCGCGGUUCGAUCAGAAAGCGCCCUGACCUUGUCCAGCCCCUGAAGGACUCGGCCGCUCUAGAUCGGCUUUACUAUAAUCCAAAGACGAUAGCCCGGGACAUCUUGAUUGCUGCAGGACGUCAUCCCACGGAGCGUCCUCUCAAUUACCAUCUGAUCCAAUUGCAAAAGAACUUCCCCUGUGUCUCUAGCAAAGCAGAUCUAGAGACCUUCCGAUGGGACAUAGUCGACCCAGGAGGCCCCCCUAUGCCCAUCGUUGAGCCUGAAGAUAUCCUCACCUAUCCGCCGCCCGUCCCACGUAAGCGCCGCGCGGAGAAGAAAUCACGUGACGCGCACGACGCGGCUAGCGGCGAUAAGACACCGCCCGCGUCCCCGUCAAACAAAGCUCCAGAUCAACCAUCUCCACACCAGCCACAGCAUUCGACGACUUCUUUUAUCCAAUACAAACCCAAAGGGGCAGAGGAGAGCACAAUGGCUGGUGCAGGUUCUUCUGACUCUGCCCCUCGACGCCCCGGCCGCCCUCCCGGCUCAAAGAAUAAGCAGCCGUCGAAGUCCUCUCUCAAGGCGCCCAAGAUCGAAGUCGCGAUUCCUGUUCCUCCACAAGUGCCUUCUCCGUCUUAUCCGAUACUUCCCGUGUGA